AUGGUGGCAAACGGCAAGCGCGACAAGGAUUUCUUUGAGAAGCUAGAUGGCAAAACUCUGGACCAGCUGGACGGCGCCAGAAAUGCUACGAUGAGCGUGGACGACGUAGACUGGGAGGACCUGAGCACACAGCUCUACUAUAUGCUGGCGCUCGCGAUGCCAGAAGACUCAGCGGGUGAGGCCAUCAUGCGGUUUGUGACGAACGCGGACGUAGCCAACGAGAUCGAGAAACUGGACCUGGAGAUCAGCAAGUAUGGAAAGGCCGCCGGGGAGCAGCUGACCGACAACAUCAAGAAGGGGAUCUUGCUCGGUGCGCUCCAGAACGAACGCGACCUGCAGAAGCACGUCUUCCGCAACCUGCGGACACUCGUCACCUACUUCGACGCGGAGAAUAGGGUCCUGAGCGCCCUGAAACCCCAACGCAGCUUUGACGACGACGCGAUGGAGAUCGGUGCGCUGACGGGAAUGCCGAAGGGAAAGAAGGCAAAGGACGACUGCCGCAAGUUCAGGCGGGAGAAUGAGGCCGAAGCGGAAGCAAAUAAUAAGGCCAAGGAUGAGAAGAAGCAGCGUCGUGCCGUGGCAGCGGCGCUGGUCGCAGGUGGUGGCGCGGCCCUUGCGGGACUUCCUCCUGGGUGCGACGGCGCAGGCCAGCGCUCGCAGCACUUCGCGCACCGCGCGGUGCACGGGGAGCCGCAGCAGCACGUCCGGGAUUCAUCGGGAGCAGCAUCGACAGCGAGCACGACCCCGACGGCGCCGACGGGCACGCGCGGGAUCAACGGCCUCCUUGCAGAGCAGGACACGAUCAAGCCGAAGUACAUCUUCGCCCUGAUGGCGGAGCACUCGAGGCCGAGGGCGAGGUCGGCGGAGCCCAGUGGAUCAAGGCGCAGCGAGAGCAGCGAGAGUGUUUGUGUCUCAGACAUCCGCGGGGUCAGAGGGGUCACGAUAGACUCUGGGGCCCAGGUCACAGCGUUCCCUUGCGACAUGCUGAAGGGCAAGGACUACGUGCUCGCCAAGUCGGGGAUCUCCAAGCUGCGGGCCAUCGACGGCGCGAAGGUGCAGCGCUACGGCGAGACGGGCGUUCGGCUGAACACGGGGCAGGGCAAGUCGGUGAUCCACUCGCCCCUGGGAGAUUGGAUUGUGGACAGCCCGAUCUCACCUCCAGCAUCGGCGAACCAGAUCAAGCUGAGGAAGGAUCGCGGAACGUGCUACCUGGAGUACGACGAGAUGCUGGGCGACUCCUCCGAGGGCAAGCGGGCGGCGCGCACGGCGAGCAUCGGUGAGCUGGACGAGAGCAUCAGCGGGCUGGGCGGGGUCGGUGGCGAGCAGCUGGGUGAUGGGCUGUACCUCAACUGCGACGCGCAGGGCCCUGCGGGCGCGCCCCGCGUGGUGAGCGCGAAGUCGAGAAGCGACGACGAGCACCCAGUCGUGCAGAUGGACUUCUUCUACGUGGCCACCGACGAGAUAGCUCGGAAGCUGGAUCACACGGAGCGCGGGGAGCUACCCGCGAUCCUGAACGCCGCGGGCUCCAGGUCCAACGCCUCAGGCACGCUCUUCGGCUCCAAGCACAUGGGAGACUACAAGGCGCACUUCGUGGCUAAACUCAUCGACAGCUGGGGCCACGCGACGGUUAUUCCGCUCGCGGACGGCGGGAAUGCGAUUGUCGCUCUGGCGCAGCAGGCGAAGAAGCUCAGGCAAGCAGCGGAGCAGCUGCGAGACCUACUCCGCACGUUGCGAUUUGCACUCGAGACCAAGCUAGGCUGCAAGCUCGAGCUCUCGGACUCCAUCCUCGCCUUCCCCGCCAGCACGAUCGGCCGGUGCAUCGCGAGGUUCCUGCCGAGAAGCCACGGGGGAUCACGCUGCAAGUUCCUCUUCGGCCGCGAGCACGCGGGCGAGGUGGCGGAGGUCGGCGAGCAGGUGCGGCGCCGCGUCGCGGCCCUAGUCGCAGCGGGCCAGGGCAAGUUCGAGGCGCGCUUCGCGAAGGGCAUCUGGGUAGGCAAGUCGGAGUUCGACGACCAGCACCUGGCGGUCGACCUGCAGCGCGGCCUCUUGGAGGUCCGCUCGGCCCGCCGCAUGCCCCAGGAGUUCCGCUGGAACGCUGAGCUCGCGAAGCAGAUCGACGCGGCACCUUCGGCCCCUGUGCCCGAGCGGGCGGGGUCAAGUAUCAGGAAGUCUAUGUAUAUUGCCGAGAUUAUGUUGAGCACCUACGGCCCGACGGGCAACUGCCCGAAGUGCAGCUACGGACGGGGCCAGCGCAGCGAGCAGCGCAGGCAGCGAUUCAAUGCCAUCGCGCAGGAGAGGCUCGAGGCGAAGCUCGCGGAGGAGGCCAGGGGCGGGGCGGCCCUGGGCACUCCAGCGGCGCCAGGGCCAGCGCCACAGGCCCCCCCACGGGUGCCUGCCGGCGCGCAGGCGACGGCCUCGAGUCCAGCGGCAGCGGCAUCCUCGACGCCACCCACGCCAGCCGCGGCGCCCGCGACCCCAGGGAUGGACACGAGCGCGCCCAAGGCACUGGUGCGCGACCCUGCGGCGGACAGCUCAGAGCCGAACAAACGACAGAGGGUCGGCGCGCUGGUGCAGGCCCCUGUGGUCGUGGUCAUCGCGGGCCCCUCAGUCUGUGAGCUGGUGGUCUGCGCGGAGGCGCGCGUGGGCCGCUGUGCUUACCGACGCGACCACGCUGGGCAGUGUGCGCGCAGGAGAUGCCUCAUCGGCUGCGCCAAGAAGCUCAACCCAGACGCCGAGGUCGUGGCGAGCCUGUGCGCGUUAUGGUCGAGACGUAUGACGCGCGAGCAGCCCGACUGGGGCCUCGACCCGAAUUCGCCCGAGCCGACGGUGGAGAUCCACUACGACUACUACACGGGCGACCCCCUCGACGAGGAGAAGUACCAGAAGGGCAAGGCAGACGAGCUCCAGGCAAUGGCCGAGCACGGCGUCUACCGCAAGAUCCGCAUCGCGGAAUGCGAGCCUGGUGGCAAGCACGUCGGGGGCUUCCCCGUCGCGCACGACAAGGCUGGCGAGGUGCGCUGGCGCUUCGUGGCAACGGAGGUGACCCACCAGCACCGCGAGGACAACCACCAGGGCACACCACCACUCGCGAUGAUCCGCGCGAUUCUCAGCUUGGCGGCCAGCAAGCCAGACAGCGACGGACAGCACAGACGGUGCAUCCGCAUCUCGGACGUUCGCAAGGCGUUCUUCAACAGCGACCUGACCGAGAAGAUCUACGUCCACCCAGGCAGCGAGCUGCGCGAGCGCGGCUACGGCACUGUACGGGGCCCGCCUGGCCAGUCAGCUGUGGGGUGCGCCCCUGGCAUGUUGUACUUCGCCAACCCCUGCAGCGACGGCAACGACGCCACGAUGGGGGUCCACGGCGACGACUUCAUCGCGGAAGGCCACGUCGGGACGCUUGACCAGCUGGUUGACGUCCUGAGCGUGGAGUACGGGAUCACCUCAUCGCCGCCGCUGGGGCCUGGACACCCUGGAGUUGCCCGCUACCUGAAGCGCGUCUGCGGGUAUGUCGACCAGCUGCCCGAGACGAGGCUGCCAGGCUUCUUCUGGCACGCGGACCCGAAGCACGUGACGGAGAUCGUCAAGUUCGGGCCCGAGGAGGGAGCCGAGGCGGUCGACACGCCAGGCACCAAGGCGAUCGGGGCACAGCUACGCAAUGGAACGGACCCGGUCUCGCGCGCGGACCGGCCCGACAUCAUGUUCGUGAGCAAGACCAUCAUGCAGGACGUGAGCAGGCCGAACAACCAGAUGAAUGCGAGGCUCAUACGACUGGCCCGAUACCUCGAGGGACACCAGGUCCUAGUCUGGUGCUACGAGCUGCAAGACCUGCCGAGCACCCUGAGGGCCGACGGCGACGCAGACUGGGCGGCUCCGACGGCAGUGGCACGUAAGAGCACAUCUGGCGGCACGGUCAGAUUCGGCAGUCACACCUGGGAGUGCUACUCGACCAGCCAGGCCACCCAGGCUCUCAGCAGUGGCGAGUCUGAGUUCUACGCACUCGGCUCGUUCGCAGCACGGGGAUUGCAGAUGAAGUUUGUCCUGGACGAGGUCGGGAUCGAGGUUCGCCUGGUGGUGGCCUCGGACAGCGCGGCCGCGCGUGGCAUGGCCCAGCGGCGCGGAGUUGGCAAGGUCCGCCACUUGGAGCUGCGCUACCUCUGGAUGCAAGAGCGGAUCCGACUCCAGAUGUUCGAGCUUGUGAAGGAGGACGCGCGCAAGAUGGUGGCGGACAUCCUGACGAAGUAUGUGGACAAGGACAGCACGGCGACGCACCUACACGAGCUGAGCUUGAGGAUGACGGGCGCAGCCAUGGUGGCGUCGACCCCGCCGGCGAUCCCCGGCGCGAGGGCGGCCGAGGACCAGUGUGAGAUGGGCUAUGAGGGCGAGAAGUUUGAGGCAGUGCAGUCGGGGGUUUCCCCAUGGCUGCUGGUGAGUUUGGUCGUGGUGCUGUGUAGUAUCGCGCACCUCUGCGGCUGGUACGUGGGCAGGCACAAAGUGGUCGCCCAGACGGCCGAGGAGGACCCAAGAGCGGCGCUGAUUGGCGAGAGGCACAGGCACCACGAGGAGUAUGCCGAGUCCAAGCAGCAGCAGAGCAUGCAGGCUGGAUGGAGGCUCGAAGAACGGAAGUCCAUCAUGCGGGAGGUUCAGCGCCUGUACGAGGUCUACACCGUCGGCGAGCUGCGGGAGCUGCCAGUCGAGCGCGGCCCGCUGCUCAAGGACGGCUACACAAGAGAGGGGGAGCUCGUUGAGAGCGCUGGGAGGAGCAGCCCGACGGAGAUGCAAGUGAUCACCCAGCUGACGACAGAGUGGAAGGACCACGGGAUCGACGCGAGAUAG